UCAACUGGAGGCAGAGCUGGCGACGCUGUCAAGUAUGGCAGACCAUGUCAACCAGAAGAUGGGGAUCCUACAGCAGGAUACGGCGCCGGGGGGCGGCGACCCUGCGUCCUGCGACUCGGGGGGCGUGGACCUGGACAACCUGUUCUCGUUCCUCACGGACAUCCCCACAGAGAAGACCUUCUUCGAGGACCUUGGGCAGGAGAUGUCCUGUCUCGCGGACAACGUGCAGGAGGAGCUGGACGCGCUGACCCGCGACAACCGCUCGAAGGCCCCACGGGAUGGGACCCUUCGGGCCACGAGUCCUGGGCCUGGGAUGACCCGGGCCCCGAGUCCUGGGCCUCCCCCACCCCCUCUCACCAACGGGGCCCUGCCCUCUCCCCCUCCUGCCCCCAGCGAGGGCCCACUUUCUUUCCCUCUUCCCCCGCCGCUGGACGAGGAACUGAGGCUCAAACUUCCUGACGAAGACCUACCGCCACCGCCCCCUGAGCCUCAGGAGGAGCGGCCUAAGGAGCCCAUCUACGAGACCAUCCCUGCGGGCCUCCCGGGGAGGCCACAGCAAGAGGCCAGCAAGAGGCCCCAGCACACCUACGUGUCCGGCCCUCCUCCCCAGGGUCCUCCACCGGCACCGCCCCUGGAAAACGCCCCCCACACCCGCGCCCUCCCUCCUCCUGCUGGGGACCUGCGCUCCUGUCUCCCACAUCCCCCCAGUGCCGGGGAGGCCAGAUCUCCCCCACCCCAACCUCCCCAGGUGGGGGACCGUGGAGGGGAGUUGCGGUCCCCGCAGCCUGAGGACGAGGCGGGCCGUCGGUCUCGCCGUUCCUCAGCGCCGCGCAAAGCUUCGUCGCGGUCAUCGUCGGCCCACACGAGUCCAGCCCGCACGUCGCACCCCGGCACCCCCACGAGCCCCAACAACAAGGUGGUUGCCCGCGUGGACGGCACGGCGACGCUGGAGCGCAAGGAGCGCCGUAAGCAGCGCGUGGAGCGCAAGCUGCACGAGCUGGAGGAGCUCGAGGAGACCAAGGACGCCUCCGACGCCUGGGAGCUCAUCGACUUCGCUGAGAAAUACUUCAACAACCACGAACGUUCUCCUGAAGGCACCAUCAUGUCGACGCUGGCUCGUAAGCGAUCCUCGUCCUCCUCGUCCAUCGAGUUCCUGCCGAAGCAGCAACUCGUCACCUACAGCCGCAGCUCCGUCAUCCCUACAUCACACAUCCAUCUCUACGACCCUGAGAACAUCACCAUCGCCUGCACCAUCUUCAGGGUGAGUGAGAACAUCACCAUCGCCUGCACCAUCUUCAGGGUGAGUGAGAACAUCACCAUCGCCUGCACCAUCUUCAGGGUGAGUGAGAACAUCACCAUCGCCNAUAUAUUGUUAUUAUAUACUAAAACACUUCACCUCGAUAUAUGUGCAGUAUUUCCUCAAUAAUUACCCUUAUGUAUUCUAUAUAUUUAUUUCGUAAGUUUCCUACACAAGAACCUUGGUCUGGAGGGCAAGCUGUGCCAGUACGUGCAGUGGUGCCUCGAGAACUGCAAGAACACUAAAGUGACCUGCAGACGACGACCCCCCUCGUCUGUUGAGAUCGCUGCCAUGAAGAAACUUGGUACCAUCGUCUGCAGAUUUUUCUUCCUGGACGGCCGUACGAAGGCAAUAGACGUGCACCCGCGCGACACGGCGAGCGAUGCGCUGCAGAAACUGGCGGACCGCCUGGGCCUGACCAGCGUGGACGGCUGGGCCAUAUACCAGAGUAGCGCGUGUAAAGAGAAGCAUGUUAAGACACACGAGUAUCUUUACGACAUCAUCUCGUCCUGGGAGACGAACAACAACAAGAACAGCGCAAACAACAACAGCCAAGCGGCGAGUGCGGGCGAGAACAGAUUUGUCUUCCGCAAGAGAUUGUUCCGCAACCCGCGCGAGAUACCCAGCGAUCCUGUGCAUGUGAACCUGUUGUACAGCCAGGCCGUGUACUGCGUCGUCAGGAGCGACGAGUUCCCCAUCAACGAGAAGGUAGCCCUGCAGCUAGCAGGACUACAGGCGCAGGUAGCUCUAGGAGACCCUCAGGACGGCAAGGAGCAGUUCUACACAGAACUCUCCGCUUAUCUUCCUGCUAGGAUAGCAGACGUGCGCACCACGGAGGAAUGGGUACCGCUGUUGGCCGAGGCGCACCGUCAGUACGGUACAGGCAAGAGUGAGAUCGUGGCCAAGGUUUGGUACUUGACUUGCGUGAUGCAGUUCCCUCUGUAUGGUACUACCCUCUUCCCUGUGGCAUAUAGAGGCUACUGGAACUAUGGCAACUCUCUUAUCCUCGGCAUCAACUGUGAUGGCAUCGCCAUGAUCAAACCUGAUGACAAGUUUAUCCUAUACGAGUAUCGGUACUCUGAUAUCGAGUCUAUCUUCCUACAUCCCAGCGACGACUUCAUAACGAUCAGUUUGCUACGCACGCUGCCUGACGCGCACAAAUGUUUUGUGUUCGAGACGAAGGAGAAAGAAGAGAUCGGCUACCUUAUUGCCAGCUACUCGCCUCUACUGGCCGCCUGGAUCAAGGAUAUUGACUCCAGUAAAAAGGUUAAGCAGGUGACCGCAGACGACCGCAUGCGUCUGGCCCACAGUCUGCUACACGCGCGUCGCCUGCUGGUGGACAACAACCUGCUGCUUAAACCUGCUGAGAUAACCGGCAACAUCAUCGUGUCUACACUGCGCAGACUGAACAAGAACAAAGGCGACAAGCCGCGCCCCGAGUACGGUGACCAGAGUGAGAGCUACAAAGGCUUCCACCAGAGCUACUGGAGCUUCUCUAAGACACCACUCACUCAACCACUCACUAGAGUGACUGACUUAGAGUGUCAGGAGCAAGUGCUGCACAUCUCAUUAGCCAUACUCACCUACGCGGGACUCAACGCUAAUGCAGAAGGUCAGACCGCUGACGAACAUCAGCUGGGUCUAGUCCAGGGUCUGCUAGAGCAAAGCAUGAAGACCGACUCGCUGCUCAACGAGACCUACAUGCAGCUCAUCAAACAGACCACAGACCAUCCCGACCGCAACUCGCGCGUAAACCUGCGUCAGUGGGCGCUACUUACGCUGUACUGCUCCGUGAUCCCCCCCACGGACAAGUUAAUAAGGAAGUACUUACGCGCGCACCUGCAACGCUGUGGUAUGGACUCGGUGUCUGAGGAGGGCAAAUACGCACGAUACGCUGAGAAAUGCCUGAACAAGGCCCUGAACAACAGACGGCGCCAGUGGCCGCCCUCCAAGCAGGAGAUCCUGUGCACCAUCAACAGACGUCCCAUCUACGCGCGCUUCCACUUCAUGGACGGACAGUUCCACUCACUUGAGUUUGAUGCUUCCGCUACUGCCAGGGAGGUCGUCGAGCUCAUCAAGAGGAAGAUAGGCCUGCCUGAGACCAUCAAAGGAUACGCUGUGUACGAGAUGCUAGGCAGCACAGAGCGCUGCGUGGGCACCGAGGAGGUCUUGGCCGAUGUGAUGUCCCGCUGGGAGCGAUACCGGCAGGCUACACAGCAGAACGCAUCACAUCAUCACAUCUUCUUGUUUAAGAAACACCUGCUGUUCGAGUCAUGGCUGCAGCUGGACGAGCCUGUAGAGAAAGAGCUCAUCUACUUCCAGGUGCUCUACACCCUCAGGGCCGACAAGUUCCCUGUCACCCAGAUGGAGGCCGUGAUGCUGUGUGCCCUGAGGGCACAAAUAGAACUAGGCAACUACACGGGCGUGGGUACGGACUACGGGGAGGUUAUAGGUCAUACCCUCUCGCCCCGUCUCCUGUCGGUGGUGACCCACGAGGCAGUGUCAAUGCACCAUCAGUCUUUGUUCAACAUGGACCCUUUGGAGGCGAAACAAGCGUUCCUGAACCUUAUCAAAUCCUGGCCUUUAUAUCGCGCUACAAUCUUCGACGUGACGCAAAGUUUUACGUCGAACUGGUCCAAAGUUUUGUGGCUUGCGGUGGAUGAGGCCGGCGUUCACCUACUGGAACAUCGGUCUCGUAAUGUGCUCUGUAUAUACGAGUAUGACUACAUCCUUAACUACUCUGCCUCCAUCACAUCGCUCAUGAUCAUCACAGGAUCCACCAGCAAACAGAGCAAGAUUAUCCUCAACACUACGCAGCCAUAA